AGGAAGUCCAACCGCACUCAUACACACACUGCCGUACCAGGAAGUUGACUCACAAACGGCCGCUUGUCUGUUCAGAUCUGCCCUGUACUGUACGACGCGGCUUCAAAAACAACCUCACGGCGUCGAUUUGUUGACCUUUUGAAGCGGGGAUCGGACGUAAAAUGGAUCGAAAGGGCGCACAAUGGGAUUAACGAGGCGCUCCCCGUCCAACAGUAACUAUGCGGCGGUAUCUCGUCCUGAUUUUCCUCCACGCUUCUCUCGGUUUGCGGAUCGUCCCCGGGUCGUCCUCUGACUGUUCUCAACAGGGUUUGGGAUGUAAAGUCCACAUAAAUAACUGCAUUGGCAGACGUCUGUCCGAUAGGACCGAGUACAUCCCCGCGGCCCCAGAGGGACUCGACGCCCGCUGGGAGACGCGAGAGGACGAGAAGGGGAACGUGUUCCCGGUCGUCCACGCGAGGUGGAACAUGGUGGACGACGGGAGCAUAAGUUUCCUGAACGGAACGGAGCUCCACGUCCUGGUGAGGGACACCAACCAGGACCUCUGCGUUCGAUACUCCUUCUCCCAGCGGUUAACCUCCAGGAACCCAGACGGAGAGAAGUGGUCUUUCUCAGUCUCUACGGUCAUGGUGGACCCCGGCCAGACGUAUCUGGUCUCGGUCUUCAACAUCCCCAAACCGGAGCCCCUUCACAGCAGUUACAAAGUCCACAAGGAGAUCACUGUCCCAGGUUGCCAAGAUCCCGUAUUAAAGAAGAGCAAGUUCUGUGUUGAGCGCGGAAGCCUUUGGAGCCCCAACGUGACCGAGGUGUUUGACGCGCACACGCUGUCUGUGGGCUUCAGCACUGACAGACUGGCCGAAAAAUACAGUGUGAUCGCCGAGUGUGAAGGGAGGUAUCAACGACAGAUCGCCUACAUGAACAAAAUGGCGUCGUUGAAUGUGACGUUUAAUAUGAAGGACUGGCCUCUGAGCUGCUGUCAGAUGACCGUAGAGAUACAGCCCUACUUCCCAGAAUGUUGGAACGACUGCGGCAGGCGAAGAAAGAACUUCUCUAUCUGUGGAGUGACACCCACCUCUUCCCCUGUGCCGUUUGCUCCCUACUCAUGGAUUGGAUUCGGGUUGAUCUUCCUGUGUGUGGUGAUAGCAUGCAUAUGUAUAUAUGUCAUCCGAAAGCCUAAAAAAUUCGAUCCCAGCGACGACCAUCUCACCUCCCGACCGAUCAAAGAGGAGCGACUCCGGCUGGACUUGCAGCCCCCCAAGCUGCUGGUCAUCUACUCCCAGGACCACCCGCUGUACCGCUCCGUGGUCCUGAACCUCUGCGCCUUCCUCAAGUCCAAGUGUGGCACGGACGUGCUGGUGGACCUGCUGGACGCCACCAUGGUGGGCACGGUGGGCACCACGCGCUGGCUGGAGUGGCAGCGGCGGCAGCUGCAGCACCCCCUGGACAAGAUCCUGAUCCUGUGCUCGCGGGGGGUGCAGGCCAAGUGGAGGGCCAUGUGUGGCGAGGAGCGGGUGCUGCUGCGGGAGGACGUGCUCUCGCCCAACGACGACAUGCUGGUGCCCUUCCUCAACCUCUUCCUGCCCAACAUGCACCAGCCCGCCGCGCUGGGGAAGUACAUCGUGGCGUACUUUGAGGACGUCAGCGACGAGCGCGACGUGCCGUCCGUCUUUGACAUCGCCGUCAAGUACCGGCUGAUGAAGCACUUCGAGGAGCUGUACUUCCGCGUCCUGGAGAUGGAGAAGUACCAGCCGGGCUGCGUCAACCACAUCGAGGGCAUCGGCAAGGAGGAGUACUUCACCUGUCCGUCGGGCUGCGCCCUGAGGGACGCCAUCCGGACCUUCAAGGCCUUCCAGACGGAGAACCCGGAUUGGUUCGAGGCGCAAUGCGUCGCCAGCGAGGAGGACGCGGUUGCUCGGCAGAACCUGCUCAACCGGCUCCCGGACAUCCCUCCGGUCCUGGAGUGCGUCCCUCUGAUCCGCGACGGGACCCCCGUCUACAUCAACGAGGCGUUGGUGCAGAGCGCCACCUCGGUGUACGUGCUGACGCCCGAGCUGAACAACCACAACAGCGGCCGCCCCUCCGUGGCGGCGGUGGAGCCGAGGGUCAACCCCCCGUCCCUGGAUCCGUACCGGGUGAAUGCGCCGCUGGUCAAUCGGCCCCAUGGCGUCGUGAGGCAGCAGUGUCCGCACGGCCGCGACACAGAGGAGGGCCGCAUGCUCCUGGCCGUGCCGUCGCUCAACCAGCCGCCGCUACAGGUCUGUCGGCAGUGGCACAGCGUCCGGCAAGACGCCGCUGGUCGCAGCCCUGUUGAGGACGAUGAGGAAGAGGACGAGGAGGAGGAACAGGAGGACGAGGAGGAGCACGAGGAGCAGGAGGAGGGAACCCUGGUCUCAUGCCCCGGCCCUGGGACAGGUCAAGGUCCAACCGAACCUCAGUACCCGUCCCGCUCAGACAUUGAGAACCUGCGGCAGCUUCAGCUGCUGCUUGGGGGGUCCCAUCCCGUCGAGGUAGGGGAGAAUGAGCUUCUGUUGGGGCCCUCUGCCAAGGGCCCAAGCACGGGCUCCGAUCAGGGCUACAUCUCCAAGGAGCCUUCCCGGCGGAGCCAGCCAGAACCAGAGACUGAUCCGCUGGUAGCUCUGGCAAGGCUGCAGCAGGAGCUGUUUCAGACUGCGCUCACAUAGAUAAUAAUGAUAAAAGGGACUGCUUUUAUAUUGCGCUUUUAUCCAAAGUGCUUUACAAUAUUACCUGACAUUCACCCGUUCAUGUACACGUUCACACACCGACGGCGGAGUCAACCAGGCAAGGCGACAGCCAGCUCGUCAGGAAGAGUCAGAGUGACGUGUCUCGCUCAGUGACGCCUCGACACUGAGCAAGGAGGGCCCGGUAUCGAACUAGCAACCUUGCGGUUACCAGCCGACCAACUCUACCUCCUGAGCUACUGCUGCCCAGAUAUUAAACACUUGUAUUAUUGACCCACCCCCCCCCUUUUUUUCUGGCGGAUCUUGGCCGCAGGAAAUAAAAAGCACUCAAUUCAACGGGGUGCUAUCUCUCGAGAUUUAUUGACGUUUUUUUUCAACCACAUAAAUACUCUGUUGUACAAUCUACAGUACAUACAAUUGGUCAUAUCAAUAUUGAUAACACACAUUGUACAGGUAGAAUGUUUGCUUUCUGUGACCCCCCUCGGAUAAUGAGUCAUUGACCUGGAAGUGAUUCAGGGUCAAACGAGAGCUAAGAGUGUAUCUUAAAAUAGCGACGACUCCGCAUGCACCAUUUUGUGGUUUGUUGUGAAAUUUUGAAACCCAACCUGUGUGAACUUAUUCAGCCUUUCUUUAUUUAUCCUCUUUUGCUAAGCCGAGUGGGUAAUGACCCAUUAAGUACGAACCGUACGCCUGUUGAAACAAUUGUCGUGAUUUAAAUGUAUGGUUGAUCUAGCGCAGCGCAGGUCUGCUACGGUUUAAAAACUGCAGUCGGGAAAGAAAACAGUUGAAUAGCAGAGAUUUAAAAAUGGCAUAGCAUGCUGCCGACACUUAUGAUGCUAUCAAUAAGACAUGGUUUAAAGAAGGGUCAAACUUUCUUGAGUCACCAAGCACUUAACUCUCGCCUCUAGAAACAGCGCCAUCUCUGCUUAACCAUCGCUAAUUCAAUUUCAUUGUUAUAUCUUGUAAUGGAGGGGAUUUCGCCGGGGAAUACAGAAUACAAAAUACAAACGACUGAGACACCAAGUGUCUGAGUACCUGUUGUGUUUGAUACCGUGUCUUGCACUGUUCAUGAGAUUUGGUUUGAGUAUUUGGUAACUCUUUAACAACUUUGGCAUGUGACCGGUGACAAGAAAAACACAAAAAGACAACUCUCAGUGUAGUCAUCUUGCUAUAUCAAGUCAAGUCCAGAACCGAUUGUGAACUAACACCAUACAGAAUGUGACUAAUAACACACAGCGGUAUAAGUAUCUAACGUGAUUCAGAAGGCAGAAGCAGGGGGUGUAGUUCAUGAUUCCUCAACUGUGGGUCAAUGCUAAAUUAUGCAAUUAACCCAGCUAAAGUUUCAUAAAACUUUCUGUGACUGAAUAGAACUGUAAUAAUAAAGAAAGAAAUCCAUCGAUUGCACAAUAUCAAAUGUAUUUGACAUGUAUUUUUGUAUUUAAACCUGCAUUAUGCAAGUGUUUCCCUUAAGGGAGAGGGGGAGAUGAACCAGAAUAAAAUGAUGAGAAAAAUCCCCUUGAUAUAUUGAAUCUUGGAUGCGUUUUAUAUUAGAUAGCUUGAGGGAGUAAAUAAUUGCACUAGAAAAGUCACAUGGUGCAUGUUUAAAUGUCCUACAAUUGUAUAACUGUUACUAAUGUGAAGUAAUUGCACGUAAUCGCAUUUCAGAGGCGUCACUGUAGUUGGGUGACACCUUUAACGCAGGUGCCACUAACCCAUGUCACUAAUUAUAGUUCCUUUUAUGGAUCCAACACCUGAUGAGUGACACAGGUGUCACUCCUAAGUAAUUAUGGAUCCUUUUUUUAGACCAGAGCACAGGUAGUCGACUCCACUAGUGUAGAUAAGUCUACUGCCUGACCAUGCCAUAAAAGGAGCAGACCCCUAAUUAGAGUAACGAGCAACACCUGUUGAGAAGUGGAUAUCAACAGUCCACUGUUGAUUUUGGGCCACACAGUAAAACAAGGCACAAAUCAACCACCGCUGGGGAAAGGGGAACACAUCAGGGUUUAGGCACUAAAAACUAAACGUACAACCAUCUGAAUAAUGGAUCGUCACUGAAUGUCUGCACCAUAUUGCACAAUGGAAGUCCUUGUGCACUAUAUAUAUUCUAUCAUACCGUCCGGACCACCCCCGCUAGAUAAAACAGAAGCUUGUGAAAUACUCUAUUACAUAUCGUGUGCUGAGGUAUACUAUCACUUAAACCUAUACUUCUUUGUACAUAUGUAGCUACUGUAUAUUUGUAUGCUAAGGAAGCAGAAGCCUUUUCCGUGUGCUGACGAAAUUCAAUCAUACUCCUUUGCCGACACAGAUUGUCUCAAUAUUUCCAAACAAUAAACUCUACUCUUCAUCAUGUUUAGCUUACAACUAUAACGUAUAAGUCGUCCAAUAUGGUGGUACACAAAUCGUGUGUUUGGAUUGACAGAGGACCAACCUAGACCCACUUAGUAGUAGUAGUAGUAGCCUACAAUCAUAUCACAACAAACUAA